UGAUUUUAGGUAGCCAAACUGUUUGAGAGGAAAUGCCAACCCCUGCUUGAAAGGCCAUUGAAAAUAAUUUCACCUUGAUGAAAAAACAUGUUCGGAUUGAACAUUCACAAAUGCCAACUUGUAUUCUUGGAUGAAGAUAAAUAUCCCUACACCACACAACAAAGGCCGAAGGGUCACUUUCCUCCAAAGAUGCAGAACAAAUUGCCUGACUUCCAGGUCUCAAUUAUGCAGUGCAAAUUACUUCAGUGCAGGGUCUACAUUUUAACGCGUGAAGUCUCCUGUGGCCACAGUUUUUUUUUUAUAGCCUUUUAGGUCAAUCUUUGCAGUAUUGACCCCUUGUUAUGAUAACACUCAAUUGGCGUUCUCCCCCUACCCACACAAAACAGAGAUAGGAAAAACUCAUUUCUGCUGCCCGAUCUUCUCACUUGCUUCUCUCUGCCUCGAUGUGGAAUUCCUUCCUCCUACCUCCUUUUGCACCUCUCUACCUUGCCUUCUUCUUCUUGCUGCACGACCUUAUCUGCACGGUCCCCGUUGAAUCGUCGUCUCCUUACACACCCAUCGACCAAAUUCUCCUCAAUUGUGGCUUCUCUGGCCAUUCAACUGCCUUGGAUGGUCGGACCUGGAUUGGAGACGCGAAUUCAAAAUUCCUCCCUCUUGAACAAUCGCUGAACAACCACACUCGUAUCGCAGCUAGACAAUCCCCCACUGCUGCCCAAGUGCCCUUUGCCACAGCUCGCAUCUCUCUCUUCACGUUCACCUACGAUUUCCCCGUCACCGCAGGACAAAAGUUCAUUCGACUAUACUUUUACCCAACUUCGUACUCCGACUUUGAUCGCUCUAAAGCCCUCUUCUCCGUCAAAGCUGGUCCUUUUACUCUUCUUAGCAACUUCAACGCUUCACUCACGGCAGAUGCGGAUGGGGAUCUAGACGAAACCAUAUUCAGAGAAUACUGUGUCAACAUUGAGGAAGAUCAGAGGUUGAACAUAACCUUCACUCCAUCUCCGACCGUGUCCGAUUCCUAUGCUUUUAUCAACGGAAUCGAAAUAUGGCCGAUGCCUUCUAAUCUCUAUUACACUCCGGCGCAGGAUCCAGGAUUUCCUUUAAUCGGCCAGAACGACCAGUACAGCAUCAAGAACAGCACUGCUCUCGAGACAGUAUACAGAUUAAAUGUUGGAGGGCGCUCCAUCUCACCCAAGGAAGACACCGGCGGAAUGUUCCGGAGCUGGUAUCAGGACGACAAGUACUUGAAAUUAGAACAUGGCGUACUUUUUCUACCUGUCAACGGCACCAUCAAUCUAACCUUUACCAACUUACUACAUAAAUACGCAGCACCAGCAGAGGUCUAUCAGACUGCUCGAACUAUGGGGACUGAGUCAGCUAUCAACCUGAGCCAGAAUCUGACCUGGGAAUUCUCCGUUGAUUCUGGGUUUUAUUAUUUCAUAAGGCUACACUUCUGCGAGUUUCAACCAGAGAUUAACAAACCCGGAGAUAGAACGUUCCGUAUUUUCAUAGCAAAUCAAACGGCUGAGAAACCCGCGGCUGACGUCUUUAUAUGGGGUGGUGGUGAAAAAGGCGUGCCCGUGUAUAGGGACUAUGCUGUUUUUAUGGAUGAUAAAUUAGGAAGCCACAAGCAAGUGAACCUCUAUAUUGCAAUAGGAGCAGAACCACAAGGGACUAUCUACCACGAUGCAAUAUUGAAUGGCGCUGAAAUAUUUAAAGAAAGCGACAUCAAUGGCAAUAAUCUCGCCGGAGCCAACCCCGACCCUCUUCUGUUGCCACCACAGAUUGCGCCUCCAAGGCCAUCGUCGAAGCUGAAGAAUAAUGAAUCGAAAAUAAUUGUCGUCGCAACGGGCGGAGUUGCCGGCUUUGUUAUGGCGUCGUUUGUUGCAUUAUUGAUUUUUUGGCGGCGUAAGAGAGUCACGAAUUCGAACUCUACCUCUGGGACUACUUGGUGGGCACCAUUUUCUUGCUCUACGACCAAGUCAACCAAGGCCUGCGGAUCAUCUCUACCUACGUCCUUGAGUCGCUACUUUUCAUUGGCUGAGAUUAGAGCUGCCACCCACAACUUCGACGAUGUUUUCAUUAUUGGUGUCGGGGGUUUUGGAAAAGUGUACAAAGGGUACAUUGAUGGUGGGACCCACCAAGUGGCGAUCAAGCGGUUGGCACCUGGCUCUCAACAAGGGGCUCACGAAUUUGAGACCGAGAUCGAAAUGCUCUCCCAACUCCGUCACUUGCAUUUGGUUUCCUUGAUCGGAUAUUGUAACGAUGGAAAUGAGAUGAUAUUGGUGUAUGAUUAUAUGGCUCAUGGAACUCUCCGCGAUCAUCUCUACAACACCAACAACCCACCUCUCUCUUGGAAGCAGCGGCUCCAAAUCUGCAUUGGAGCGACACAAGGGUUGAAUUACCUCCAUACUGGCGCAAAACACAUGAUCAUUCAUCGUGACGUGAAGACCACGAAUAUCUUGCUAGAUGAUGAUUGGGUGGCCAAGGUGUCUGAUUUCGGAUUGUCCAAAAUGGGGCCCACCAGCGGGUCCAAGGCCCACGUAAGCACCGUCGUGAAGGGUAGUUUUGGUUAUUUAGAUCCAGAGUAUUUCAGGCGCCAACAAUUGACGGAGAAAUCCGAUGUCUAUUCAUUCAGUGUCGUGCUCUGUGAAGUGUUGUCAGCAAGGCCACCCGUAUUGCGCACUGCAAACAAGAAGCAAGAUGUGGGCCUUGUAGAAUGGGCCCGACAAUGCUAUAAGAAUGGAAAGCUUGAUCAGAUAGUUGAUCCAGCAUUGGAAGCACAAGUUGCACCCGAGUGUUUGAAGAGAUUUGGUGAAAUUGCAAUGAAUUGUUUGCUUGACAAUGGUGUUGAACGUCCGUCGAUGAAUGAUGUGGUGUGGAGCCUUGAAUUCACAUUGCAGUUGCAAGAGAGCAUAGACAAAGAUGGUGAGCUAGGUGUGGCUAAAACUGAGAUGGUUGAUGCUGGGAAAGCACUUAAAUUGCCCAAGUGUGACUACAGUGAUAACUUGUUUAGUAGUUGUGGCGGGCAAGUGUCAAGUAGUAGCAGGGUGACCAUAACAAGCAGUGAAGAGCCGUCGAAGUUUUAGGUUGCAUUUGAAUAGUGAGGUAUUCUCAGAUAUUCUAUAAAUAAUAAUAAAAAAUUAAUGAUAGAAUAUUGAAUAGUAAUGAAGAAUAGUGAAAAGUAUGUGAAAAGUAAUAAUAAAAUAAUAAAUAGUAGUGAAAUAUUCUUUGUAUCCAUACUAGUUACAAAGAUUCAAGCA